GCCGAACAAGACUGAUGUGUCUUGUGUGAACCAAACUUUCUCGACUCGUUCGGUCGUACUUAAUCCGUCUAUUGGUUACGGUGGCUCGACCAUCUACCACCAUUCUCAUAGUGGUCACAGUAGCUCUAGAUUAUUUGGCUUUAGUUGUGUACGGUGAAGUGAAGGUUACAAUAUUUUGCAAAUCAAGUUCAACUGAAUCAUCGGUUGUCUCCACUUGGUUUCGAUUUUCGCUUCUUAUUGUGCAACGAGUGUUUCUGUGAGGUGCUAAUCUAUUGCUGCCAAAAAUGCGAAAUUUUCCAAUUCUCUUUAGUUUCCUGCUGAUCGGUUAUGUCACUGGUUUCGAAUGGGAUGCCGUCAUAACUACAGACAGCGGUAUUUUAUUUUUCGACAAAAAUUGGACUCAGAUUUCUUCUGGUGGACACCAGUUCCAACACAUUUCAGCCUUCGCCUAUGAUGAGGUGAAAAGCAAGCUCUACUUUAGCGACUUGAAGGAUCCGAAUUACCGCUUAUUCUCACUGGAUACCAAUCCUGAAGAAGAAUAUCAUAAGAUCACCAAACUACUGCCAAAGUUGGAUGAAACAGCCUACAUUACCGGGUUGGUGUUUGAUCAUCUGGAAAGAAAACUUUAUUGGACCGAAAGGGGAACACAUUCGGUUUAUGCUGCAGAGGUUGAUAAGUUGGGAUCAAAUGGCAACGACAGUCAUGCUCUGAUCCAGCUAGUAACUCAGGUCGAAGAAGAUCAUGACUUGGCUGCUCUGACGAUCGACGAAUGUCGUCGGCAUCUUUAUUGGACCAAUAGCUUCCUGAAAACCUCCAGCAUCGUACAAGCGGCAAUGAAUGGUUCGGUUCUUAAAUCCUAUCAGAAAGAUGUCUACCAGCCAAAAGGCAUCUCCAUUGAUCACUACAACAACCGCAUCUACUGGGUAGAGAAAAAGUACGGCCGAGCAUUUAGCAUCGAAAGUGCUGAUCUAGAAAUAGAAAACCAGCAAACAUUCCUCACUGGCUACGAUAAAGUUCCAACGCAUGUAUCACUAGAUACUCGUUUCCUGUACUGGAUAGACCAAGAAGAUGAUGAAGUUCACGAAACUUUGAAAACAGACCCCACAGUAAACCGGGUAAUUUAUAAGGGAAAUAGUCCAUCAGCUGUAAUCAUAAGGUCUAGUUUAUUAUUGGAAUUCCACAAAAAUAAUCCUCGAUGCGCGGAUGUAGUUUCGCAAAUUGUGGAAAAUGUAAGGCGUGAGUCUGCCGGCGAGGUACAACCGAUUAUGAACGCAACGGAUAGCAAAACGGGAAGAAUAAUCUGCUUGAACAAUGGUAUUCUGAAUCACAACACGAACAGUUGUAUCUGCUUAGCGGAAUAUCAGGGCAAUUUUUGCGAAAUUCCUAUUUGCAAUAAUUUCUGUGUCCACGGUGAAUGUAUCGUGGGUGUGGAUAGCCGACCCGUUUGUAAAUGCAAUGCGGAAUUCGAAGGGGAACGGUGUGAUCGCAACAAAUGUGACGGAUACUGCCUGAAUAAUGGCCGUUGUUUGCUCAGCGCUUCCGGCGAAACAUCCUGUACUUGUUCGAGAAACUUUAGCGGUGCCCGAUGCGAGACAGUGAUUUGCACUUCAGACUAUUGCUACAACGGUGAAUGCUAUGUGGAAGGAGAGGUACCAAAAUGUAAAUGCAACGUAGGUUAUCGGGGAGAACGGUGCGAAGAGUAUACGUGCAAUAACUACUGUCUCAAUGACGGAAAAUGUGUACUCAACAAUGAAACAAUGCUGGUAGAGUGUCGCUGCAGCGAAGAAUAUACUGGAAAGCGAUGUGAGAUUCCAAAACGAUUCUGUUCGCUAGACACUGAUAACCCGGAAUUGCAGCCAUAUUGUGAAGGCAUCACAAGCGCCACGCACCUGGUGGAGCCUCAGGUUACGUAUUGCAAGAAUUCCUUCAACCGUACUGUAGUGUACACGUCACUGGCCUUCACAGCUUCCCUGUUCAUCCUAAUGAUCAUCCUCUGGAUAGUGCGCCGGUUUUAUGAGGAAGGUCGGCCACGUAUAACUAAGCGGUUCAAAGUAACUAAUCACACGCAAAUGACGUCGAGACCAGCAACGCAGUGUGAGAUUACAAUUGAAAACUGUUGCAAUAUGAAUGUGUGCGAAACGCCCUGUUUCGACACGAAGCUACUGCAGAAGGCAUCAUCAAAAGCGGAUGACAAGCAGUACCUGUUGGACGAUAUCGAAAGCCUAGCCGGUUCCUAUCGCAAGCUGCCUAGCUGUAGUGGUGAAAAGAGCUUGCCUUAAUCAUUUGAGACUGAGACUGAUAGCGGAGGUGGUAUCCUCAAAUGGUGGCUUGUGUUCCUCUCUAUAGCGGCAGCUGUAAAAGUGCGAUUAAAAGCGGAUUUGCUUAGCGAUGAUGAAAAUCGUUGCCCCAUAACUGAAAUCUCUCCAGACUUAGCAAUAUACAAUAGAUAGUUGUGAACUAACUUAUGUGAUUAGUUGAUAGGAAAAACAAAGUUGAGGGCUGCUAGAAGGUUGCAUUAGAAGAAUGAAUGUGUCAGGUAGUUUAUCUUGUUAAUUGUUUUUAAUUUAUCAUUUGUGGCGCGUACACAAAAAUUAGGUGCUUAUGUUUUAUUGUCCUUGUUGGGUCAUACACUUGAUUGUAUGACUUAUUUUUGUGGUUUACGACUAGUAACACUCCGCUUUGGCAUUCGUUUAGUCGUUAACCCAGUUCUUGUUUGGCUCGUUUUUCUUUUCAAGUCAUUUAUAAGCUAACUAAUUAGAGCUGGCAAAAUGUAUUACGACGUCCAUCAAAAUUAUUGUUUUAAUAUGAUUAUUUUACUAUUGUAUCUGUUGAACAAAGAUUUGUGACAUACAAACAUACACAAACGAGAUGGAACUAUAAUAGAAUUUGAAAAUCACCAAUAUUUCACUUAUAUGAAAAGAUACCAUUAGUUCAAUGCACGGUACGAUAGAUUAAUGAAAUAUGUAGUGAUAUUUGAAAGUAAAUCCAACUGGAAUAUAUUUAUUAAUUCCAUGUCAAAAAAUCGUACCUGAAAAUGUAAAAAUAUAUUACACAGGUCGAACCAGCAAUGUUACAUGUUUUGCGCAAGGUCGCUUAUUACGUUGUUAGCGUCUUCCUUAAUGGAUACAACUCUUAAGAAAAUCAACUACCAGCGGCUGACGAUUAUUUUUAACAAUUACAUCAGAAAAAUUUGGUUGGUGAUAGCCCUCAUUAACUGUUAUUUUACCUCUUAAUAUUUUUGCAAUCGUCUUGUACUUAAAUUGUGCAGUACCAUACUUAAUCGUUACAUCUGAUCAUUACCAAAUUGUGAGUCAAUAUAAAAAUAUUCAUUUAAAGCAGUCUUGGUAUCUACUACAUUACGAAAUUUGACCUUCUGUUUCGAAAACAUCAGUUUUCAUUCUUAGCUUGCAGGACACUUUUAAAGAUCCUACUGAUACUAAAAUUUCUCUUUAGUUGGGAUUCAAAAAUUUAAUGAAUGACUUCUGAGACUAGUUCUUUACCACUAGAUCACGAUCAUCAAAAUUCAAAAUGUUAUAAAUCUAAAUAUGCCGCGCGUAUUGAGGAAUUGUAAUUCAGAAUCAUAGUUGAUCGCAUAUUUGUUCUAAGGCAAUAAAUGAACAGAUCGUAAAUCGUUCAGCUAGCGGCAGUAUACAUAAUUAAAAUAAUAUUUUUUUUUGGUUUACAGUAACUUUUAGAACUUCUACAACAUUGUUUCGUUUGAUUUUGAAUAUUUUUGUGUAAACAAUAUGGUCGCAAAAAAGUUGUUCAUGUUGCCCUUUGAGUGAUGAUACAAUUUAUUUUUCAAUAUAAUAGCCGGAAAAUGAUUUCAGCAAUAUAGAACAACAAUAUAUACUCGCCCAUAAAUUCUAUAGCUCGUUUCUAUGAGGCAAAUGAGAAAUAAACUGCCAUUCAGAUUAAAGCUAUCUUUUGUUUAACACAUCUAGAACACACAACAGCACCAAGCCCAAUGUUUUCUCAUGUGACUCAAACAUUUCACAAACAAACUAAACACAAGACACAGGGCACAAAACGCAAUUAUACUGCAGCAUUGUCUCCACGUUACCAUUAGUUUAUCAAAUAGAUGCUCAAUACCCGCCAAGUUUGUCGAAUUGCCAAAUCGAUAGUUGUAAUUCUGAAGCUGAAAAAUGCACUGUGCUGCGCUAUGCCACGCACAACUUGUUUAGUUUCAGUUUACCUGAUAGUUCCUUUAGUUGGUUAAUGGUUUGUUAUUCAUUAUUAGCUUAGUACAAUCAGACAAGCAUUGUGUUGCUUCAAAGUAAUCAGUAGGAUCGAAAAUAUCAAAUUGAUAUUAUCAUAAGCAGGAAACGCAUGUGUGUAUAUGAAUUUCUUUUUUUUUUCUGGGUUUGCUAUUCUCUGCCGACGUGAAAUAUACUCCAAAACUAGUGAACAAAUGCUACAUAAUUCAGCAAAAAUUUGCUGAUUUUUGCAAAAGCCAUAUGCUUAGGAAAACAUGGAAAUAACCACACACAGGACGCACAUCCAAACGUAUCUAACAUAACAAUGAGCGAAUAUAUGAGAUAGGGGGUUGAAGGGAGCCUACAAUAGGUUACUUGUUUCAACUCAAUACUGUAUUAAAUGUUUUUAAAUCUCUAAAUAGAUUUAAAAUGAAAAAAGGAAAGGCAUUUUAAGUCAUCGAUGGUGGAAUAUUGAAAGAACUGUCAACACCACAAAUUGAAGACCCUUGAGCCCCCAUAAUUAUGAUCCGUUCCUGACGCAAGUAGCUUAAACACAGUUAAAUUUUUCACUGCUAUCCAUCGUUACUCUAAAGCUUUAUCAAUUUUUUUGGGUUAAUUUGUUUUUUUUUCGGGAAUACACAGAAUAAAAUAAACUGAGAUGCUAAUGCAACAAAUUCAAAGCCUAUGCCGAAAAUGUACUUUAGAAAUUUUACACACACGAAGAAAUUUUGUAAAGACUUCAUAUAAAAUAUCCACAUGAGAUAUGUGAUAUUUAUAUAAAUUUUAAAUAAUAGAUUCAUCGAAUGAAUUCAGUUGUUAGCGAGAUGUACAUAAAUUAAAAAGACGAAAUUAUAUUUUAUAUUAGGUAUGUACGGUGUACAUGAGUAGUAA